GCGGCUUCCGGCUUCCGGCCGAGAGGGUGGUCGCCCGCCGCCGUCAUGGCAGCUGAGGAGAAGGACCCCCUGAGCUAUUUCGCGGCUUACGGGAGCAGCAGCUCCGACUCGUCGGGCGAGGAGAACAGCGAGCCGGAAGACGGGGGUCGCAAGGAGGCGGCGCCGGCUCCGACGACGGGCGGCCGCGGGAAGCCGGCGGAGAAGCGGCUGCCGGGCCCCGACGAACUGUUCCGCAGCGUGACCCGGCCGGCCUUCCUCUACAACCCGCUCAACAAGCAGAUCGACUGGGAGCGGCACGUGGUGAAGGCGCCCGAGGAGCCUCCAAAGGAAUUCAAGGUCUGGAAGUCCACCUGUGUGCCACCCCCCGAGACCUACACUACCGAGAAGAAACCGCCGCCGCCGCCGGAGCUGGACAUGGCAAUAAAAUGGUCGAACAUCUAUGAGGACAAUGGUGAUGAUGCCCCACAGAAUGCUAAGAAAGCCCGGCUUCUGCCGGAAGGGGAGGAGACCGUGGAAUCGGAUGAUGACCGAGAUGAGCGUGCAUCUAAAGCUCGAAGGGUGGAGCCAGAAGCAGCCAAGAGGAAGAAGUAGAGAAGCAGUGGCGACAGCACUGGGCUGCUGAGUUCCUGAGAUGUGUCGUUGGCUGCAGUGUUUGCUAUUGUGGUUCUCAUGACAGACAUCUCCAUGAGAGUAUUUAUGUUAAUGAACUAACAAGUACCGUCUCAAGACUUUCCGCUGUAGAACUGAGGUUUUUAUUUAAAACCUGUAUGUAUUUACAACUCUAAUGGUGACCUGUGAUUGUGAACUGACAGUACUUGGAAGCAUUCUGGCUAUCACAGAAUUGGUGACAGGCUUUGAGAGUUUUGUCACAUGGACAUGCCAGUGUUCUUUGGACCUUUUAUAAAGGAAUCUAUUUUUAAAGUAAAUAUAUUGUAAUGUACUGUGAACUUGUGGGUGCUCUUCAUUAGUGUCUGUACAGUGUAAAUAGAUGAUCAUGGAAAUAAAAUUACUUCCGUCAACAUUGCUAUUAUUGUAUGCCACUAACAAGUGUUUGUAACAAGCAGCCUGUUUGCCCUGUGACCUUUUAAUUCACAGUAGGGAUUAGCAUGUAGGGAGAGCCUCCCAUGUUUAGGUGCCUUGUGCAUACUUCUCUCCAAUGGUCCUGUAAAGUAGACGUUAGUAUCCUAUUUUGUAAUGAAGAGAGCUAGAAGAACUGGACAGGGCUACACAGCCAGUGAGUGGAGACUAGCAGAUUCACUCAGGACUGACUCCAGAGUCAGAUUAAACUACCUGACCUCUCAGCAGACUAAAGGCAUUUUCCAAGAAGGUUAUCAUCUCUUUCACAUACACUUCUGUUGUUAGGGGAGGUCUUUCCCUGCCCUGGUUAUCAGCUGCACUUAACAUACCAUACAUGCCUUAUAGUGUGAUUAUUUUUUCAUCUCAUUAAAUAUGUUGAAGAUAGGCUCUUCUAUGAAAGAUUACCAGAUUCAGCAAAGAAGAGCAUGUCCAGUUAAAUUUGAGUCUGAGUAUAUGUGAUAUAAGACACUGCUGUGGGAUGUUCUGUAUGGCAAAUGUGUUGCUGAUUGGUCAAUAAAUAAAACACUGAUUGGCCAUUGGCUAGGCAGGAAGUGUAGGCGGGACAAGGAGGAGAAUAAAGCUGGGAAGUGGAAGGCUGAGUCAGAGACACUGCCAGCCGCCAUGAUGACAAACAGCAUGUGAAGAUGCCGGUAAGCCACGAGCCACGUGGCAAGGUAUAGAUUUAUAAAAGUGGAUUAAUUUAAGCUGUAAGAACAGUUAGCAAGAAGCCUGCCACGGCCAUACAGUUUGUAAGCAAUAUAAGUCUCUGUGUUUACUUGGUUGGGUCUGAGCGGUUGUGGGACUGGCGGGUGAGAGAGAUUUAUCCUGACUGUGGGCCAGGCAGGAAAACUCAAGCUACAAGACACAUUAAAAAUUCAUCUGAAAUUCCAGUUUAA